CAAAUAAACUAAUAUUAUUAUUACUAAAUAUUAAUAAAACCUAUGUAGUAUGUAUAUCAGUGAUACUAUAAUAACACUAGUGCAUCAACAACAAUAACAAAUCUGUCUGAUUCUCGUGUAUUGUAAUAGAUUGACUUGCCAAAUUGAAAGGGAAUAUUUAGUGUACCUGCUGAAGGUAAAUGACUUGCAUGCUUAAUGUGUACAAAUUAGAUUUGAGAAGUGGAAGCUUUUCAUUGCAAGCGACUAAACUUUUGGUUCAGUUCCCACACAAAGCUAGCAUAUGACUUCAGAAGGCUUGAACCAUAGCAUUGAAAUCACAGAGAAUAAAGUUAAGGAACUUAUGGAAAUGUUAUGUUAUGAGAAAAAAAGAACUUGAAAAUGUACAUUUGCAUUUGCAAGCCAAGGAAACUUCUUUUAAAAGCUAAAAACGAAUGUAAUCUCAUAUGUUGCAGUUGUUGUACCUCACUCUCACUGUGAAAAUAAGUGAGCAAGAAGGAAGCAGCUUUAAGAGGAAGAAUGUUUUCCUUAUAUUGACACACCUUUUUUGGUUAGUAAUUUACAAUGCAAAGUUGUUUCAAUACAAAACCAAGUUAUUGUUCAAAAGAAAAGCAGUCGGAUGCUCUGAGUUGUAAACUCUUAGGUCACCAGGUGAUAUUUUAUAUACCACCUGACUGAUGAGUGUUUCCGCUGGCUUAUAAAGCAAAGUUGUGGCAUUGGCUGCUUAUUAAACAUACAGAGAGUGGACAGAAAGUCCGUUAACACUCAGACACAAGGAGAACCCUCUGGCAGUCAGCAGAUCUAAGUUUGAGAUUCAAGUUCUAGUGUUUUUUGGAUUGCGUUUUGCAGUUCAAACGAAGCCAAAGGCAAACGAUGCAGACAGCAGAUACGACUUACGACAAUCUUUCUCACCUGAACUAUGGUUUCCAGCAUGAAGAGCAGCGGCCCCAUCCAUAUCUACCUCCUUCUGGAAUAAACCCGGCUUUACCUCAGUACCCUGGUCCCCAAAACCCACAACAUCUAUACCAGAAUUCAGAGAGAUACUCGCCUGCUCAGAACCUCCAUCAGUAUACGCCUCAAGCAGCACCUGUUAAUACACACCACACGUUCACAUCUGGACUCUACCUUGAUGUUAAUCCGGUUCACAAAUCUUCCAGGAGAAAAAAAUGGCCAUUUAUUCUUGGCAUAGUCAUCACCCUGCUGGUCGUUGCUGGGGUCAUAGCUGCGGUGCUUUGGUUUUAUGGUCUGUUUAAUUGUUUGCUAGGACGUCGCUGUCAAACAAAUAUGGAUAACAAAUAUGUCAGCCUUUCGCAGUGGUGUGAUGGCAUGGAGAACUGUCCAUCAGGAGACAAUGAAAUUCGUCUGUUUGGAUCUAAUUUCCUUCUUCAGAUGUAUUCAAAUGUGACCCGAAAAUGGGAGAAUGUGUGUUCAGAUGGAUGGAAUGACAGCCUCGGAAAGCAAGCGUGUGAGAAGAUGGGAUACGAGAGGAGCACUUAUUUGGGUUACGAGGAGAUUGACUACAUACUGGCGAAGACCGAUUCUCUCAGCUCUUCCAAUCUGACAGGUUUUCUCAGUAAAACUUCAGAUUGUCCAUCUAACAAAGCAGUGGCACUCAAAUGUAUAGAUUGUGGACGGAACAUCGGGACCCGAAUCGUGGGAGGAACCACGGUGACCUCUAAGGGGGUGUGGCCAUGGCAGGUCAGCCUGCACAUUUCCGGAGAGCAUUUGUGUGGCGGGUCUGUCAUUACACCUUACUGGAUCAUCACUGCGGCUCACUGUGUGCAUGAGAAAUCAGAUGCAAGGGUCUGGACUGUGUAUGCUGGAUAUCUGACUCUUCCUGAGAUGCUGUCGGCCACCGGCCGUUCUGUAAGCAGAAUUGUCAUGCACAACUUUGACCCGGUAACCAAUGAGAAUGACAUUGCCCUGAUGAAGCUAAGCAGUCCACUCACGAUUACAUUGAACGUCAGGCCAGUGUGUCUGCCCAAUAAAGGCAUGUACUUCACUGCUCCACGGGAUUGUUAUGUCACUGGAUGGGGGUCACUGUUUAGUGGAGGAUCUUCCUCACAAACCCUACAAGAAGCCAAAAUCCAGCUAAUCGACAGAACGACUUGCAACAGCCGACUGGUAUAUGAUGGAGAAAUCACAAACACCAUGAUCUGUGCUGGCAAGCUGGAGGGUGGUGUGGACUCCUGUCAGGGGGACAGUGGGGGUCCUCUGGUCACAAAAGAGAAUUCUCUAUGGUGGCUGGUUGGGGACACUAGCUGGGGUGAUGGAUGUGCUUUCAGAAACAAGCCCGGAGUCUACGGAAAUGUGACCUACUUCCUUGACUGGAUACAUGAACAAAUGCGGAAAUAUUAACUUUUUAAUAUAAGGUUUUUGGAGAAGAGCAACUGAUCCAAAUCGAUGGAACUGCGACAGUGUCCAUUUAUUUUUUUUGCUUUCAUAUAAAUGUUUUCACAUAAAUCUAAAAUAACCACUUAUUUAUUUUCACCAGUGUUAGUAAUGAAGUGAAUUGCACAUUAUGCUAUAAUAUGCACUUUUCUGUCUUUUUUGUUGUAUGUUUUGUAUAAAGAGCACAAUUGUACAAAUUAUUUUAUUAAAAUAAUAAUAAUAAAAAAAA